GUGUGUGUGUGUGUGUGUGUGUUGCAUCUAAGUGCCAUUUUUAAAAUUUUUGUUCUUUAUGUCUCUAAAAAUCAGAACGAGUACCAAGCAUAACGUCGCAAACUUGCACGUGCAAUGCUUCAAAUAACCGACUCACGAGCCACGAGUCAGGUCAAAAACUAGCAGAUCUCUUCAACAUUUCUCACCUGAGUGCUAAAUUUAAUCUAUAAGUGCCUUAACUUGGAGAGCGUGCACUGUAUAACGAAGAGCCGGUCAUGUUGAGGUGAACCGGACCAGUAUUUACUCUGCACUUGCACAGAGCUCUUUGUCAGUAAAGUUCGGUAUCACCGGUGGCGUCUCUGUCCGGUUGCGUUACCCCUCAGCACUACACCAGAUUUGUUCGUGAGGAGCUGAGCACAAGGCAGCAUGGAGGAACUGGCGCGUGAGAGCAUCCGCAGCAUCAGCUUGCUGUAUAAACCAGCGCGAGACACGGAUGCACAGCGUCUCGGUUCCUUCGGUGCGGUUUUCAUCAUGCUGAAGUCAGCACUUGGUGCCGGACUCCUUAACUUCCCCUGGGCUUUUGAGAAAGCAGGAGGUGUGAGCAGAGCCAUCAGUGUAGAAAUGGUGUCUUUGAUCUUCCUGAUCAGCGGCCUGGUCAUCCUCGGCUAUGCCUCUUCUAUCAGCCGACAGAGCACAUAUCACGACGUGGUGAAAGAAGUGUGCGGCCGCAGGAUCGGGUAUCUCUGUGAGAUAUGCUUCGUUUUUAACCUCUUCAUGAUCUCUGUGGCGUUCCUCGUGGUGGUACAGGACCAGCUGGAGAAAUUGUGUUUGUCUGUAUAUGAAAUGGUGACUGGAGCGAACAUGAUGCCCUAUCACUGGUAUACGGAUCAGAGCUUCUCGCUCUUCAUCGUGUGCCUCAUCAUCAUCCUCCCUUUGUCCAUCCCUAAAGAAAUCAGCAUCCAGAAAUACACCAGUGUAUUAGGGACUCUGGCUGCUACGUACCUCAGCGUGGCUGUAAUCGUUAAAUAUUACCUGAAAGAGGAGCACAAGGCUGAUCUCCGUCCUCAACACACAGGGUUAGACUCGUGGGCCUCCAUGUUCAGCGUCGUUCCCACCAUCUGCUUCGGCUUCCAGUGCCAUGAAGCCUGCAUUGCCAUUUACAGCAGCAUGGAGAACAAAAAGAUCAGUCACUGGGUCUUCAUCUCUGUGGCAUCCAUGACCUUCUGUCUGCUCAUCUACACUCUCACAGGAGUGUUCGGGUUCCUCACGUUCGGACGGGGCGUGGCAUCGGAUAUCCUGAUGUCGUAUCCUGGAAACGAUGUGGUGAUGAUCAUCGCCAGGCUGCUGUUUGGGAUUUCAAUUAUCACAAUCUAUCCCAUAAUACUCCUCCUGGGCAGGACUGUCAUCCUGGCAUUGGUGCUGCGUUACCAGGAGCGACGUGCCAUUGUUACGGUGGGGUUCGAGUGCCGUUGUCGGGUCCUUCUGACCGUCCUGUGGAUCGCUGUGACACUUCUCAUCGCCGUCUAUGUUCCAGACAUGAGUGACGUCAUCAGUGUGAUUGGAGGAAUCAGUGCCUUCUUUAUCUUCAUUUUUCCUGGACUGUGCCUCAUUUUUGCCAUGCAGACAGAAACAUUAGAUCACAGAUUAAAGAUGUUCCUGACCGGAUGGGGCGUUGUCACUGUCGUUGUUGGAACCUUCAUCUUUGGCCAGAGUACCACCAUCGCUGUCAUGGAGCUCGCUCACAAGGCUUGAUCAUCAACAUCAUCAUCAUCAUCAUCAUCAUCAUUAUUAUUAUUUUUUACACAAGAUGCUGACUCUGUGGAUGGAGAACAUUUAAGAAUUCUUCCUACUUCCAACUACCCUCUAUCAUCCACACCUUUUAUCAUUUCUGAGUAGGGUUGCAAAGGGGCGGAAAGUUUCCUGUAAGUUUCCAGAAACUUUCCACGGGAACUUAAUCUGUGGAAUUUUGGAAAUAUUCAAAAUUGGAAACCUUACGGGAAUUUAUGGAAAUUUACGGGAAUUUAUGGAAAUUUACAGGAAUUUAUGGGAAUUAUUUGGAAAUAUAGGGAAAUGUACUAUAUCAUAUACAAACAUAAAUAAAUAUUUUGUUUGGUCAUAAGCAGACAUGCACGCAAGGUAAUACAAAUUUAAAAAUGACGUCUUGAACACAAAAACAUAAUAAACAUUAUUAUGCUUAUAAUAAA